AUGGGUCCUCACUCCUCAGUGCUUCAUGGUCCCUUUUGGACUAAACUACAGUACAUUCCACAAGCUUUUCGAAAAUCUGAUGCAAAGACUAUAGAAAAUCUGUUGCAAAGAGUGCAGAAAAUCUGUUGCAAAGAGUGCAGAAAAUCUGUUGCAAAGAGUGCAGAAAAUCUGUUGCAAAGAGUGCAGAAAAUCUGUUGCAAAGAGUGCAGAAAAUCUGUUGCAAAGAGUGCAGAAAAUCUGUUGCAAAGAGUGCAGAAAAUCUGUUGCAAAGAGUGCAGAAAAUCUGUUGCAAAGAGUGCAGAAAAUCUGUUGCAAAGAGUGCAGAAAAUCUGUUGCAAAGAGUGCAGAAAAUCUGUUGCAAAGAGUGCAGAAAAUCUGUUGCAAAGAGUGCAGAAAAUCUGUUGCAAAGAGUGCAGAAAAUCUGUUGCAAAGAGUGCAGAAAAUCUGUUGCAAAGAGUGCAGAAAAUCUGUUGCAAAGAGUGCAGAAAAUCUGUUGCAAAGAGUGCAGAAAAUCUGUUGCAAAGAGUGCAGAAAAUCUGUUGCAAAGAGUGCAGAAAUUCUGUUGCAAGUAGUGCAGAAAAUCUGAUGCAAAUAGUGCAGAAAUUAAUUCAAAGAGUGCAGAAAAUCUGUUGCAAAGAGUGCAGAAAAUCUGUUGCAAAGAGUGCAGAAAUUCUGUUGCAAAUAGUGCAGAAAAUCUGAUGCAAAUAGUGCAGAAAUUAAUUCAAAGAGUGCAGAAAAUCUGAUGCAAACAGUGCAGAAAAUCUGAUGCAGUGUUCCAUACCUGAUGGGGUGCUGGUAUUUGAUGAAAUGUGAACUUUUACUUGGCUGCUGUUAGUAGCAGUUGAGUUAUAAGGUAAAAAAUGCAGAUGAGUUUAUUUUGCAGCUGGAGGAUACAAGUCAAAAUUAGGCAUAAGAGAAAAACUAGGAAAACAAUGUCCACAUAAUUGCUGCCAUUAAAAACAUCACCAAAAUAAGGUGAUUGAGCCUUGUU